AUUCAUUCGACAAUUAACAAUCAAGCAUUCAGAUCUGUAGCAUUCCACCUGAAUAGAAUCAAAUAUUCUUUAUUUGAAGUGUUGUGAAAGCUUUAAAGUUUCAUUCAUUCAUUACAUCAACUUUAACGUUAGAAUUUUAAAAGUGAAUUUAUAUCCAACAACAAUGAUGAAGUUUGUAAUGGUUUCAACUUUCCUGAUGGCUGCUGUGUUUGCUGAACCACCAGCACCACGUAGUUCUUACUUGCCACCACAAGCUAGAAGCUUUUCAUCUCCAUCAAGCCAGUAUGGUGCACCAUCUCAGGGACGAAGCAGUUUCGGCGGACAAUCCCAGCCAAGAACUAACUACGGAGCACCACAACGUCAACAACAGCCAAGAAGCCAAUACGGAGCACCAUCUCAGCAACAAUCACGUAACUCAUUUGCACAGCAACCAAGCUCCAACUACGGUGCACCAGCUCAACAAAUCAGUUCAUCUUAUGGAGCCCCAGCUCAACAGCCAAGCUCAAACUACGGCGCACCAGCUCAACAGCCAAACUCAAACUACGGACCACCCUCAACUUCAUAUGGCGUACCAGCAGCUCAAGAUUUCAACAACUUCGAUAGCCAACGUGCCAACAGCUACCAACAAGCCCCAUCAAACUCAUAUGGCGUCCCAUCUCAAGAUUCUUUCAGUGGAUCAAGCUACACUAACGGUGGAAACAACGGAUAUCCAAGCAGCGGUGGAUACUCCAACGGCGGAUAUCAAGAACCAGCCAAAUCCGAAUUCCAAUAUGAUGUACAAGACCAACAAGCUGAUCUCGAAUUCGGACACAAAGAACAACGUGACGGAUCUGUUGCUACUGGAAAGUAUUACGUGUUGUUGCCUGAUGGUCGUAAACAAGUUGUGAAUUACAUUGCUGAUGAGAACGGCUACCGUCCAACCAUCACUUAUGAAGAUACUGGUCGUGGCAACGGAUAUAACAACAACGCUCAAGGUUACAAUAAUAACGCUCAAGGAUUUGGCGGAUAUUAAAAUUAUUUCUACACCCACAACACGCGAAUCAUUUAUGGACACGAAAUGCGCUCACUUUGAAUUUCUAUUUUGCGAAGAUUAGAUUCUCAAAUGCAAGAAUCAUAUUAGUCAAUAAUUUCUACUUAAUUUAAGGCUAAACAACGAGUUCAAAUUGUUUAUUGGUGCUAAACGAAUUCAUAAAUCAAAGAAGAUUUUUAGCUUUGAUUUCUUGAGUUCAGUGAAACUUGCAAUUUGACUGCGUUGUUGAAAAGCUAGACAAAUAUUUUUUUUCUUUCCCCCUACCGAUGUAAAAUCGGAAAUUGCUAAAUACUCUUAACAGGAUGUCAUCGUCCUUUGCAUUGUAAAUAUUUUUUUUUAUAUUAAUUUUCCUUUUAUUCUAUAAUAUGAAGAAGCCAUGACAAUGAGAAAUUCUCUUUUUUGUUGGAAAAAUAAAAUCAGCGAACAAAUUUGUACAAGACAA